GCACGAAAAAGCUCAAAAUGUUUACCUUGAAUGUCAGUUUCUUGACUAUACUUGCUGCCAUUCCUUCUCGAGACUGACAGAAGGUAAUGAGCAGUUUUAAGAGGAAUCAGACCUUGGUCUUAGGGGACAGGAGACUUUUGGACUCUGUAAAUUGGUGAUCUGGCCAUCAGCCCAUAAGGAUAUAUCCUUCAUGGCUUCUAGCGCUGUACCAACAUUCCAUUCCACCAAAGAGACAACUAAUUACGCCCGAUUAUGCCGGCUUCUGGUGGAUGUCAGUACACACAUCCUGAGAGAGACUUUUGACAAGAAGCGUCCACCAGGGAAGCUGGAUACAGUUCUUUUAACUCCUCCCGUUCACAGAGCUUUACAACUACUCAAGAAAAGAAAGGUUUUGAACCCAUCGCAAUGGGGCAAACUGUAUCCUGCUAUCAAAUCGUCAGUUUCAUCGAAGCAUUUCGAUAUCACCCUACUGAUGGUUCUGCUGAGGAAUAUUUGUGGCCUUGUUCGCCCGGCAACUGGUUGGGAUACGCUUCCUGCUACAGCAGACACAACCCUCGAGGCAGAUAUCGUUCGUAUCAAGUGCUACAGAAACAGAGUUUAUGGUCAUGCCACUAAAGCCUCAGUUGAUGACGCAACAUUCAAUCAAUACUGGAUGGACAUCCAAGAUGCAUUGGUGAGACUGGGAGGAGCAGGAUACCAAAGUGAUAUCGAUGAUCUGAAAAACGAAAGCAUGGACCCUGAGUUUGAGGAACAUUACAAAGAGCUGCUUAAACAAUGGGUAAUGGAUGAAGUUAGCAUCAAGGAAAGAUUGGAUGAAAUCGUCAGGAGGCUGAAUGAACGGGGAGAAUCCACAUCAAAUCCUGAAAGAAAAAUAGGAGUGGAAGCUGUAGCAGCAUACACAAAUGCAUUGAAAGAAUCAAUCAAAUGCCAAACUGAAUUCCACGCUGUAGCUUCUCCCACUUCGUCUAAGGUAAGAACAGAUGACAUAUUCACAAGUAUUCUCAUACAACAUGGACGAAAACCAGUAGAAGACCAUAACAAGGAAAGAAAGAAACGCCUUCACAACUACGGUCAAGUAGAUGGUAAGCCAGUAAAACACUGUCGAGAAAUUUUCAUGUCUGAUACCGAUGGUGGCGAGGAAAGGAAUCCCAAAUCUAUUCUUGUCACUGGAAAAGCAGGAAUUGGAAAAACACUUUUUUGUCAAAAGUUGAUUCGAGAUUGGGCUGACAACAAAUUGUUUCCAUCACGAAGAAAUUCGCUCAAUCCUGACUUCAAGUUCGCUUAUCUGCUAACAUUUCGUCAAUUAAAUAUACUCGGAAACAACUGCGUUACCCUGAGGGAAAUCUUCAAUCGAUCUUCAGUGCUAGACGACCACUCCAUUAUCGACGACUCCUUAUUUGAGUACAUUGUUGAUCACCCUGAGGAAGUUUUGAUUAUCAUUGACGGGUAUGACGAGUACGCACAGCAAAAAUUUAUUGCAAAUAAGUUGGAUGACCAGUAUUCGAAUGACGCUCAUGAGCAAAUGCCAGUGGCAGCUCUGUGUGCCAAGCUACUUAAAGGAAAUAUCUUGAGAGGCUCGGUUGUCAUGAUAACCUCAAGACCCGAUGAGUCUGAUGACAUUAAAGACAAAAUUGGUUUUGACCGAUGCGUGGAAAUUACAGGAUUUUCCGAGCAACAGGUAAAGGAAUACAUCGAGAAGCAUUUUGAAGAAAGUGAAGAUAUGAAGAACGCUGUAAUGGAUCACAUCACAAAGAAUGACAAUCUUGUCAGCUUUGCCCACAUUCCAGUUCUCUGUUUUCUGAUGUGUUCGUAUUUUGAGUACGUCUUAAAGCCGGGAUCGAUGAAUACUGACACUUUUCCAGUCAAUAAGAGUGAAAUUUAUUUUGAAGUAGUUAAUAUGUUUUUGAUAAAUCACAGCAAAAAUGAAGAAACCCCUCCCAAAGUAACAUUGGAGAAGAUGUGUAAGCUGGCAGCUGAUUUUCUUGUAGAGAAUAAGUUUCUCUUCGCUGUCGAAGAUAUGAAGAACUUUACUGUCGAAGAAGUCGAAAAUCUGAGAGCGAGCGGCCUCCUUCAUUGCGGUCCUAUUUUUAGAAAAACAUUUUCUGAAACGACGAAGUACUUUUGUUUCACACAUUUAACUCUCCAGGAAUACUUAGCGGCUCAAUGGUUUGUGGAGAGCAAAAAGAUCCCUUCCCGCGGAGAUGUGUCAGAAAUGGUUUUCAUAUUCAUGUCCGGCAUCCUAUCAAAGCAAAACGACAAGGCUUUCAUGCAAACGUUGAUUGAAAAACUCGAUCCGCAGCUCUCGAGAAACCUGCUAACUUUAAAGUGUCUCACAGAGUACCAAGACAUAGAAUUUGCGCAAGGGAUAGUAAAGAGACACUACAAGAGAAAAUGGGACCAUAAUGGAGAUAUAAGAUUCGGAGAAUUGCACGAUGUGGACAGCGUGGCUGGGUCUUUUCUGUUAGAUGUCAUCAGUUCAUUGAAUGCCUUGGAAAGUGGUCGAAAGAAUCAAACAUCCCCUCAACAGACACGUUUGCAGUUGGUCAAACGGCUGAAUCCCUUCAGGUUUAGAAGGAAUGCAUCCCCGUGUUACUUACCUAAACGGUUAAUAAUCCACUGGGAGUUUCCAUCUCAGACUGGAUUUAAAAGAAUCUGUAAGGCUCUUGAGAAUAAUUUCUGUCCCAUUACUGAACUAUUUCUCGAAUUUAUUAAGCCUUCUUUCGAAUGGGUUUCUACGAUUGGAGAGAUGUUGCCACUUUCAAAUUUACUUGAACUACAUUUGUAUCGUUCUCCAAUCACCGAUGCUGGUGUUGUCAGUCUAUGUCAAGCAUUACAGACAGCAACAUGUCAAGUUACCUCAUUAGGUCUAAGUGGUAAUCAGAUCACCGAUGCUGGUGUUAUCAGUCUAUGUCAAGCUUUACAGACAGCAACAUGUCAAGUCACCACAUUGCAUCUGAGUAGGAAUCAGAUCACCGAUGCUUGUGUUGUCAGUCUAUGUCAAGCACUACAGAUGGCAACAUGUCAAGUCACCACAUUAGAUUUGAGUUCGAAUCUGAUCACCGACGCUGGUGUUGUCAGUCUAUGUCAAACAUUACAGACAGCAACAUGUCAAGUCACCACAUUAAAUCUGAGUAAUAAUCUGAUCAGCGAUGCCGGUGCUGACAGUCUAUGUCAAGCGUUGCAGACAGCAACAUGUGAAGUCACCAAAUUAAAUCUUAGUGACAAUCGGAUCACCAAUGCUGGUGCCGACAGUCUAUGUCAAGCGUUGCAGGCAGCAACAUGUCAAGUCACCGCAUUACACCUAAGUAGUACUCAGAUCACCGAUGAUGGUGUUGUCAGUCUAUGUCAAGCAUUACAGACAACAACAUGUCGGGUCACCACAUUAGAUCUGAGUGGUACUCAGAUCACCGAUAUUGGUGUUGUCAGUCUAUGUCAAGCAUUACAAACAGCAACAUGUCAAGUCAGAUCUUUAAACCUGGAGCGAAAUUUUAAGAUCACCAAGACCGGUGGGAGGCUCCUUAAUGACCUGUUGAAGAAACUCCCGCAUCUUGACUUACGCUGGCAUCGACCUUUCUUUAUGUAGUGACAUGCUAUAAGUACAACAUCAUUCAUUUAUAAGCAUUACAAGGUUGUUAAACCUGGAAGAACAUGCAAUGUUAAACAAGGUCAUUGCGAGGCUCUUCAAAUUGCUGACUUGAGCUGGUAACCUCCCAUAUAGAUUAAGUAUCUGAAACAAUGAGCAAACAAUUCAAAUGAAGUUUAAUGUGAAGACUGUCAAAAUUUAUCAUGUACUUUAGAAUCAUCCUUUUCGCCAGCACUAUAUAUAUUUCUUAUAAUUUUUUUUAAAUACCAACCCGGGACAUUUUACCUAGAAAUAUUUUGUUUAAGUAAAGUGUUCGCUUAACAAUGACAUAACUAGUGAAUUGUUGGAUUGGUUUUGUUUUGUUUUGAUUUUUCUCAGUUUUAGCUAGUUUAGCGAAAGUUAAAUUGUGUGAAAACGCAGCCAGCAGAU